AUGGCGAUAUGGCCCUUCGGCCGCAAAAGUAAGCGGCAUACGAUCCAGGUCAGCCCGGACGAGGCCGCCGCUUUGCAGACGUCGCUGGAGCAGGAUCUCUCUGUGGAGCCGGCCUUAGGCCGCAAGCCUUCUCGUCGUCUUUCCAAGCGCCAGAACAAUCGCAUGUCGCGUGGCGGUGAUGGUUCAGACAGCGUCCGUGACUCGACUCGCACCUCUUCGCAUCGUCCGAUCUCGCUCGAUCACCGAAUCUCAGAACAACAAGGUCACCCCGAACCGAACACUGUUCCGCAGCGACGACUGUCGCUCACCGGAUCGCUGUCAAAAAAGCAAUCUCCCAAUGGACCCAACAAGCUCCGAAAAAGCAAGCGCCGUACGGACGAGAUCCUGCGCGAGCGACAAAUUCGUAUGUUGUCGUCGACCCCGAUCGAUAUCCCGCGCCGAUCCACCGCCCCCGACGGCGAACAUGCGCUGGAACAUCGCAAGAGGAGAGCAAAUGGCCGGCGCGUUGACCGCUACAUGUCAGAUAUCAGCCUUUCUAUUCGGGAUUCUGCUGCCUCCUCCAUAUCCGACGUAUCCGACCCUUUCACUUAUAAGGUCAACGCCUUCGCUGCGCUGACCCCACGGCCCAUUGUUCGCUAUGUCGAGGCUCCUCGACUCCCGACAGCCAAAAGCCAGGAACCCCCCGCUAAAGAAUCUCGACGUGACAAGGAUCGAAUGCAGGCUUUGGCAACGUCGGAUGAUAAUCUCUACUACUCUAGACGCCGUGUGAAGGAACUGGCCGAUUCAUUAGAUGCAGGGGGCCUCCGCGAAUUACUAGACCGAGAUCGCCGACGCCGAGAAAAGCAGCAAAUCGACGAUCAAGAGAAGCUGAGGCGCAAGUUGCAGAAACGAGCCGACCAACAAGCAGCGGAAGAGAAGCGACAGGCGGUGGAAGCAACCACGGAACCGCAGCCUGAACCCGAGGUUUCGGCUGAUAUGCAAAAUGAUAUGGAACAGCAGGAGGGGCAUAUUGAAAUCCAGAUCGACGAGCCCACUCCUGCAGAGGUAUCCGAGUCUGGGUUAGGAGGCGAGUCCAAAGGUAGCGAUGCUGCCAGGCCUGCGUCUCUGGACAGCGCCAACGUCAUGGGAAACAUUGACGAUAGCUCUGUCCGCGAGAUUCCCAAGCUUUCCACACGCCCCAGCUUUGCGCCUUCACACGAGAUGGGCAUGUCGCGAACCACGCUCUCCCCGUCCCAUUCCUCUCUCCGACACGGAAUCAACAGCCCCAGUCAAUCACAAACCUUUGGCAUUGGCUCAGCUUCUGAUCUUUCGGACCGUCGAUCAUCCGAUACCAGUGGUCGCCGUGGGAAUACGAUCACAUCGUUGUUCCGACGUGGCUCUUCCCGCCUCAAGCGGCGCUACCGUGAGCGCUUCCAGGACUCGGCUCCCGAGGUUUCGAAUUCCACGCAACCUUCGAACGAGUCGUUUUACAAAAUCCACACCCAGUCAUCACCUCCACAGCCCUCUAUCAUCCCACCGAGAUCAUUCAUGCCCCCUGGAACUGUCAUGCGUUCCCACUCCAAGUUCACAGAGCACUUUGACUUUGGCGACGAGCCUCUGUCACCCCCGGACUCGCGCUUGCAGUCUCCCGAUAUUCCUGAGCAGGUGCCCGAAUCCUCGCUGGAGAAUGAGUUUGACAGCACCUUCCUGCAUGGCCCUACUUCCAGUGCGGGCAUGGAUAUAGUUAACCCUCGUCGACGCCGCCACCAGUCAUGGAACGGCAGUAUCGACCCUGAAACCGGCAAUGUGCCCCUCUCGCAGUCUCUGGCUUCGAUCGACUCUGAGGGAUCUUGGAUGUCUGGUGACUUCUUCCGUCGGAUGUCCCACAAGCCCGGCAGUCCCGUCCGUGCGACCAUGACUUCCUUUGAAGCCGCCAUGGAUGGCCCUGUCGAUACACAUGACGACUCGCGGGACUCUGUUGAUUCUCGUGGAGCAAGUAGCCAUGUCAUGGGAGAGCCGGAGAUCGAUGACGAGAUCGCUGGCUCUGAUGCAGGCAAGCCCUCCGAGAUGUGGCACCACAGUGAAGUUGGUCGUCGCCCCAUCCUCGUCAACCCCACUUCUCGUCCCAAGUCCAUCCAGGGCAUGCUGAAGAGCAUCCCCUCCCUUUCCCCCAUCUCGGCAGAGGAGGAUCACAGCUCCGAAGAGGAGACUGUCCCUCCCACGGAUUUCCACCGAGUGGCCAGCCAGCAUGGUGAAAUUGGCCAUGCUGAGUUGGAGCAGGAUUAA